UAUAUAAACGAUUUUGAGAUUCAACACAAGUACAAACGGCAUCAUGUCGUGGACAAUGCGCCUGUGUGCUCUUUUGCUUCUUGCGAGUAGUUCUUUGGCGAACCACCAUAAUAAUAAUCAUCAUCAUCACAACAAGAUUCGUAAUAAGUCAUGGUGGAAUAACACCGUUUUUUAUCAAAUUUAUCCGAGGAGUUUGUAUGACUCGGACGCCGAUGGCAUAGGCGACUUGAAGGGGAUAACUUCAAAGUUGGAUUAUUUCGUGGAAACUGGCAUCAAUGCGAUCUGGUUAUCGCCUAUAUAUCCAAGUCCCAUGAUAGAACCUAAAAGUUUAGGCUGCUGCCUAAGCCCGCCGGUAAUAGUGACAGCGCCGGCACCAGCACCAGCACCAGCACCAGCAUCUACAUCGGUGCCACCACCACCGCCACCGCCACCGCCACCGCCACCGUAUUUCAUGUUCCUCAGAUAA